AUCACUACGAGAGCAAAAAGCUCGUUUGAAUACCCCAAAAUCGCACAGCUCAGUCUUUCCAUCAAAUGUACCAGUAGACAGGGUGAUUGCAACUUUGGGAAGGGGUGCAGGUGCCCAGAUAAGCUCCGUGUCACGUGAUUUAGAGUGAAACUCGACAUCUCCUUUUCUAGGGUACACUAGUGGCGGUGAGAUUCUCGGGUGUAUUCCUGGGCAUUACCCUUCUCCGAUGAGUUCCGUGCCACUCGGUCACAUCCUUCAAAACACAUCGUAAAGGAAGCGUAGCAUACUCGCGUUUGGGCCGGAAAGGCUUGGCAUGGGAAUUGCGGGGACACGCCCACCGCUGGUCGCGUGUAACCCCAUUCUGGUUCCGAGAGCUCGCGCACGUCCAUCAAUAUUGCAAGGAAUGGGAAUGCGCCCUAGAACAAUCGCUGAACAGCCGUAACGACUAUCUUUCCAUUCACAAAAUGCCCGAUCGCACUGCCGGCCGUGAAGGAGCUGGAUCCCUCAGCUUCCGCUUUCUGGACUUGCCACCCGAACUGCGGGAUAAAAUAUACCAAGAGCUCCUCUGCGACUUCAAGGCAGCACCGUCUCUCGGCGUCAACGAUGUGGUCGAGCACAAGCCGUGUGGCUACUAUGUCCGCACCAUUCAUACAGCUAUUCUUCGUGCCAACCAACAAAUACACCUUGAGGCCUACGACAUAAUGGUCAAAACCAACCGCUUCGUCCACAUCAAGUUUUUCGGCGGACUGCCCCUCGAUCACAUGCUCGAGACAUCUACUCGGCGUGUCAUCUGCCAUCAUCUGCCCGCGGUGGAAGCUUUCAAGGGCUACACGAUGAGUGUGUCGGUUGUGCCUGAAGGCCUAGCCUGGUGGAGUCCGGAAGACCAUCAUCUUGUCACGAGGGCUAACUCGAUGGCUGUGCACUGCAUGAUUCUGGGCGAAGACUGUGCAGGCUUGAUCAGAACCUUGGGCAAUGUGCACAUGCCGAACUUGAAUAAGACGCUUAACAUCAGUAUCGCGGUGGCACCAUAUCUUCAACAAAACUCCCCCGAGCAAAGAGAAUUGCUGGAGCCAUUCUUCAAAGAGCCAGGAACACAAGAGAAACUCUUAGCUCCGUUCCGAGCAAAGCUGCGCGGUGUUGAGGACAUCAAGAUCAUAGGUGUGGACCCAAGCCUCGCUAGCGCCAUCAAAGAAGAAAUCGCGAAGGAUGAAUGGACUGACUCUCAGACCGUCCUAUUCGAAAUUCAAACUGCCAAGCAACGCGGAAAUGACUUGUUCAAGGCCAAAGAACUACGUGCAGCAUCGCAAACAUGGGAAGAGGCCGUGAACGACAUCGAACGCAUGCACCAGAGCAGCUCUUGGAAGAAUCUUUGUGUCAAAGGUGAUACCGCAUUCGUUGACGCUAUGGUAGAGCUCUACUUUCUCAUGUGCUUGAAUAUAACGCACGUCCAGCUCACCGGAAUCGACAAGCCAAUCCCUGGUUAUCCUCGUACGCACGACGCACAUGUAUAUCUCUCGCUCGCAGAGCAGCAGAUUGACAGGGUCAUGAACGCACGCCAGCCCAACUGGUGGAGGAAGGACUAUGUCUGGGAGCCCUCAGAUGCUCAGCUGGCCAAACUCUUCUUCAGACAGGCAAUGUGCCGAAAGGCUGACGCGCUGCUGAAUGGUGAGCCGAUCUGCAUGGUAGAUGCGAUAAGGACCUUGGAGCUAGCGCGGCAGAUUGUUCCAGACGAUGCCGCUAUCAAGAGGGAGGCCGAAAGCAUGGAACAUGAAUAUGAGAGGAUGCUUUUUGAGGCCGAGCGGGACGUAACGCCGGCACAGCUCUUUGGGGAGUUUGGCGGUGAUUAUGAGGACGAGGAAGACGGUUUUGAAGAUGAAGAUGAUUUCGACGAUAUGCCCGAGUUGUUGAGACAUGAUGAGUCGGAUGAGGAUUUUUCAGAUAUGCCGGACACGGUUUGAGCCAUGGAAGGCAAGGCAAAUCAAUGGUUCUGCGCGACGGGCCAACAAGCUUGGUAAGGGUACUGGUUGGCCUUGAAUCGAUAGUAACCAACUUCAGGUACCUGCAGCAAGGCCUCAGGGCAAGAUACCCAUCGACCAGAUUCACGCCUCACAACACCAUGUUACAUUCCCACAUGAGAACGAGAUAUAUUGCAACAGAGGUUUAAUAAAUGCGAGAGAG